AUGGCUGCUGAGGUUGGGCAGCCGUUCAGUGGAUGGUCACACUCAGAUUUGCCUUACAACGACCACUCCACACAGGUAGAUGAUUCAGUUCAGCAAAUGGUACUUGAUCAUGGUUCUGUAUCAUUUGGUAGAUUUGCUGGGGAGUCUUUGUCAUGGGAAAACAGAUCAGUGUUUGAACACAACAGACGUCAUGAGGAGAUAAACAAACUCACCAUGCCUGGUUUAGUUGCACAAAAGAAGGCAUUUUUUGAAGAAUAUUACAAGAAGAAGGCCCGGAAAGCUAUGCAUCUCACUGAAGCGACAUCUGAAGAAAUGAGUGAUGACAACACUCUGGACCAUAGCAGGCAGGACGACAAAGCACAUGCAGUUGUUUCUGAAGAUCCUAUGACUACUGCUCCAAGCUCCAUCUCUCAACCAUCUAUUGGAGUGAGCUCAUCAGAUGAGAAGGAAUGCCAUAGACCUCAUGUGCUAGGAUACGUGACAUUUAAUCCUCUGUUUUCGCGGAUAUCAGGGUCACAAGGUAUUCAACAUGAAGAGACAUCUAGUACUGGUCAACAGCAAUAUGUCGAUGGCGAGUUUCAGUGUGCAACACGCACAAGUAGUAACCAUGGGCUCAACCACGAAACCUUGGAGAGAAAGGUUCUUGCACCAAAGCAUGUGAUUUCAACUGAUUAUGGUGAAAGUAAUGUUGCUGCGUCAAGAAUUGUGUUGCCAAUAGCAAGUUUACACUCAAAAGGUCUGAAAGUGGGUCUUGAGAAACAGGAGCCAAGAAAGAACAUAGCGCCAGUGGUAACUAAUAGGUUCACAAAGGAGGCCAAGGACCCAUCAAGUUCUCUUAUCCAAAUCCCUAGGGUUGAUUCAAGAAGAAACUCAGAAAACAGGAACUCUGAAGGCCUGAAGGAUCCUUUCUACAAGAGGGUUGAGAUGAAAUUGCGUGCCUUGUCUGAUAGGAUGAGUGCGGAUAGAGCUGCUGCCUCUUCUAAAUCAGCUUCAUGUCAGCCUGCCACAGGACCUUCUUCAUACCCAAACGCUGAUAGAGCUGCGACUUCUUCCAGAUCUGCCUUGUGCCAGAACACUGAUAGAGUUCGUGCAUCAUCUGCACAAGCUUCUCCCAACUCUCUUAAAGAACGUGCAGCAACUGUUCCUCAUACAAAUUUGUACAACAAAAAGUUGCAUGUUUCUCAUGUUGCUUCUAGUAACCACAUCAGUACUGGGAGGUUGGCUGCUAAAAGCUCUGUUAUGCCCAAGUCCUCUCAAAAUAACACAAAACCCUUCCAGAGUGCUCAGGUCGCAUCGAAAAGAGCAACAGGUCUUACAAGUACAAGCAAUGUUUCACAGAACAAAAGGAAGCAGCUGAGCACACCUGCGGCAUCAGAUGAAAGUAAACGGAAUAGAGGAUUGAUGCGCAUAUCUGCAUCCACAAGUGCAAGUAGCUAUGACAACAUUCGUCCUGCCAAAGCUGCGAAGGCACCAAGGAUCUCAAAUGGGCAAAACACAAUGAAGACGGAAAAUGUGAAAAAGUCAACGUAUGGAAGUCAUCCUACUGAAGGAACCACUGUUUUGCUAAAACGUACUGUAAACUGCAAUGAACAAAACAGAAAGGUAAUCUCAUCACGGGUUGGCACUCCCUCAUCUAGCAUGAAAAACAAGCUGACGUGUAAGAGCAAGCCAAGACAAGAGAGGCCCCGUUGGCGAUGACGCACCAUUGCUCAGCCGUUCCUGAACAGUUUCUGAAACACAAUAUUUUCCGAGGCCUUGGCACGAUCACUGGUGGGUUUGGUAAGGGCUUUCCUGAAGCUCGGCAUAGACAAGGCUGUCCAAGGGCUUUCCUGAAGCUUGGCAUAGGCAAGGCUGUCCAAGGGCUUUCCUGAAGCUCAGCAUAUAAUUUAGGCUGUCCAAGGGCUUUCCUGAAGUUCAGCAUGGUUACCUAUAUGUUAGCC